AUGGAGGCUGGCGAAGUCGAAUUCAGCUCUCCCAGAGCUGCCUUAGCAGCUGCCGAAAAGCGUAAUAGUCAAGAACAAGCUUCUUUGUCGACUGCGCCAAGCCGCACCCUCCUUCCCGGGCCAGUAGCAAGUAUAGUCAGUCUUGCUACUAGGUCGACGUCCUUUGCUCUUCGUCUGGGGAGCGUCAUCGGCGGUUACGGUAUCGGCGCCGCAAAGAUCACGACACUUUCCAGUCUUGAACUGGGCCGCGGAAUUCUUGAAGGGAUAUUGAGCAGAGCAGGCAAAGACGUUCUGGCAAGAUCGCAAUCCGAGUUAGGAAGAGAGAAUGCGGAGACCAUACUGGAAAGGAGCCUAGAGAGUUUGCAUCGGACCAUGCUGCAUGUCGUCUUUUGGACUAACACGGGAUUCCAAGUUACCGAAACCACCGUGUCUUCUAUAUCGCAGCUUUCUCAGCUCUUAUUGUCCUCACUGGACCAAUUCUUUGGCUCUACCGACUCGUCAAGGGCGAUUGCGAGUAUCAUUACACUAGUUCGCCAUGAAUUCCGAAACCCAGCCACGGGUGUGCAAGGGGAAAAAGUUGGUGUGACAGAUCUUGUCCUUGGCUUGUGCGGGCUAGCAUACUUGCAAAAUACGUGUAGCAGGACGAUACAGGAAGAGGCACGACGUCUCGGACACGAAGAAAUCGUGUGGGAUGUUGUUGUCCUCAAUGAUGGUACACGUGCUGAUGUAUAUGGUGACAGCCAUCAUUCUACAAAUCCAGCCACCAAAGGCGGUGAAGCUAGCAACAGCCAGCUCAUUAAAGCUUUGGAGAAACAAGGAGCGCAUGAAAGCAGUUCAGAAGACGAUCUGCCAGAGAUGGAUCUGAGGAGGCAGAUCUUGGGAAGACUGCCUAAAGAUGCGAAGGUCUCAAUCUCGACUUCUACAACGACUACUAAAAUCAUUACCAUAGAAGUUCAAGGGGACAAUGAUCCUCCGCUAUUAGCUCCGCCCGGCGCCGACUUGAUUGAGCGAGAAGUCACAUUGCCUGACCGGAGCUCUUUUGCAUCACAAGAUACUCCUACUUACCGUCUUGUAUACCGCAUUAGCCGAGAAAGAGAAAGAAGCUCUAUUAUACAGCAAUCUGAGGCAAACAUUGAGCCAGCGUGCUUUGAAGUGGGAGAGGAAGGAAACCGUCCCACAUCGCACGCGGAUCUAUCGGAAAAGGGACCCCCUGUACCACCAAAGCCGCGUCAAGUAGCAGCGCCUCAUCCUCGUGAGGCAAGAGAAACACAAGCAUUAGGUACAGGUUCUAGUGCGAGCGAAGUCCCUACUUCCCCUAGAGCGCGGGCGUCGCAAAUUCCAGUGUCUACAAAGUCGCCGGAAAAUGCUGCGAACCAAAAAAGAACUAGACGGCCACCGGAGUCUAAUGCAUCGCCUAUCGUCGGAAUAAACUCUCAAUCGAGCUCUGCGACGACUGAAUCUAAGGGCUUAACAACGUCAGUUGAGAAAAGAAAUGGUCUCAGAGAUGUCCUCAGGAAGAGUCCCAUGACAGGCUUUAGCAAUCUUAUGAAUAGAGGGACUGACAACGGCAAUGCCAUGGUCAAAGCUCGCCUCAACUCUAGAUCAUCGUCAAGGGGCGACAAGUCUACAAGAUCAAAGGCACAACCGAACACUACCCUACGCGUCAUCCCCAAUUCUCUCUCUACUCGGGAUUUCGGCAUUUCAGAAGCUGAAGGCACCCCGCUCGGAAUUGGAUCCAAAUCAAAUUAUGCUGGCCAACAGCACCGGCGGCGAAACUCGAUUGCCUCACAAACUGAUACGCUAUCUGUUCACUCCGUUGAGAGCAGACCAGGCUCUCCUACUGUCUAUCGAUCAAGCCAUAUGUCAAAGACCAGGUCAGGAGAUGAUUUUUUAAACUCACCCGCUCAAUCUCCUACAAGAUAUCACAAUCGAGCAAGGUCACAACGUGGUGUCUACUCUCCCAGCAUUCAUACGCUGCAGGCCAGUAGCUCACAGACGUCUCUUGUUCUAUCAUCUUAUCAACAAAAGAGUGCUUACAGCGACUCUGAAGCGGUUGACACCCUUCGAAGGACUGGCAUGAUCAAUGGAAUGUUUCCUGAAUUCCACAUUUUGAGAAAUAUCACUCGAUAUAGUCGUUACGCAUCUGCUGCUUACGGAUCGCGUUUCCUCAACCUUAUGGGGAUUGCCAAGGAGAAGCAAACUCUAAACCCCCUUGAAGAAACACAUCAAGAUGUGCGUUCAUUCUCACAUCACACCGAGUUGCCGCCCGACAGCGUACUGUUGUCUUCGUUCGUGGAUCCACAGGGAGGCUCAGAUGCAACUGGCUCUACUGACACUGGUGUUCCCCUUGUUCACACCAUAGCUAUCGACCGAGAGUCCAAGGCUGUCGUCUUGGCGUGCCGCGGAACUCUCGGGUUCGAAGAUGUCCUAGCAGAUAUGAUGUGUGACUACGACGACCUGAAGUGGCGUGGAAAAGCAUACAAAGUCCAUAAGGGUAUACAUGCUUCCGCACGAAGGCUUUUGUAUGGGGGUGAUGGUCGCGUGCUAUAUACCCUCAAGGAAGCCUUGGAAGAGUUUCCUGGUUUUGGCUUGGUUCUUUGUGGCCACUCGUUGGGCGGCGCUGUUGCCGCCUUGCUAGGAGCGAUGCUGGCAGAACCCGCUACUACGGGAACUGCUUUUGUAACCUCCGCACAGCAACAUAAAAGACUACUUGCGGCUACUGGUAUCACGAGCCAAGCCCAUGAACCUAUUUACUUGCCUGCUGGUAGGCCUAUACAUGUAUUCGCCUACGGCCCCCCAGCGACAAUGUCGCCGGCAUUCCGUAUGGCUACACGUGGGUUGAUUACCAGCAUCGUUCACGGCAAUGACUUGGUCCCAUUUCUCUCCCUUGGUGUACUACACGAUUUGCAGGCACUAUCGUUGGCUUUCAAGACAGAUAACGAUGGCGCGAAAGCUGAGAUCCGCCAGCGUAUUUGGCAACAUUUGCAGACGGGGCUUUCCGAUAAAUGGUAUAACAAUGCACCGAAACUGUCUACUGAGGAUGAAGACCAGUGGGCGUUUGCAGCUUUGAAGACCCUGCGUGCUAGCAUGAUGAGCUCAAAGCUGCUGCCACCUGGUGAAGUAUUCGCUGUAGAGAGCACGCCUGCCUUGAGAAGAGAUGCAUUUACCAAAGCUGGCGAGAAUUACAUUGGGCGCUCUGCUACACGAAUUGUCCUGAAGUACAUCAGGGACGCCGAAAAUCAUUUCAGGGAAAUCAAAUUUGGCGCUAGUAUGUUAACCGAUCACAGUCCUGGACGAUAUGAAGAUGCCCUGAGACGGCUGGCGCUCGGCGUCAUGUAA